AUGGCUGUAGCAGGUGGAGGACAAUCUCCAUUUCUUUCUCCUCAAUCAGUUCCAAACUCUUUGAAAAGCAGACAAAUAGCUUCUUUGAAGAGCAUGUUGAAUUUAAAUUCUCCAAUGUCUAAAACUACAGUUCCUUCUGAGCCUGUGUGGAAAAUACUUAUUUAUGAUAAAUAUGGUCAAGAUAUCAUCUCACCACUCAUGAGCGUGAAAGAACUGCGUAAUAUGGCUGUCACAUUAUAUCUUCCAAUAGAUUCUAGUCGUGAACAAGUACUCGAUGCAGCUGCUGUUUAUUUUGUUGUCCCCUCUGAUGGAAACAUUAAACGAAUUUGUCGAGAUCUUCAUAAUCAUUUAUAUGAUACUUAUUACUUUAAUUUCAUCACACCCAUACCACGCCCACUUUUAGAAGAGCUAGCUAAAGCUGCUGUCGAUGCAAAUUGCAUCUCCCAAGUCACCAAAGUGUAUGACCAAUAUUUGAAUUUUAUUUCUUUGGAAGACAAUCUCUUUAUAACAAGACAUCAAGAGAAGAAAACUAUAUCAUAUUAUGCUCUUAACCGUACUGAUGCUAAGGAUACUGAUAUAACAGCUAUCACAGAUAUCAUUGUGGAAUCACUCUUCUCUGUCUUUGUGACUGCAGGUGUUGUACCUAUAAUUAGAUGUCCUCGUGGGAAUGCUGCUGAUAUGGUGGCUCAAGCAUUAGAUAAAAAACUUCGCGAUAAUUUACGUGAUCCUCGUAGUAGUAUGUUCACUAGCGAAGGCAUGUCUAGGGGAUCUUACUCUUUUAAUAGUUUUUCUCGACCAUUACUAGUUAUUUUGGAUCGUAAUAUGGACCUAGCCACACCCCUUCAUCAUACCUGGACAUAUCAAGCUUUAGCACAUGAUGUGUUUGAACUGGAACUUAAUAGAAUAACAAUACCUCCAUCAGAUGAAGAUACAUCACCAACAGCUGGACAACCUAAGUCAUAUGAUCUGCACCCAAAUGACAGGUUUUGGCAAAGUUUUCGUGGCAAACCCUUUCCUGAAGUGGCAGAUGCUGUACAAAGAGAAGUCAGUGAAUAUAAAGCUAAAGAAGAGGAGUUAUCUCGACUCAAAGUAGCCAUGGGUGCAUCUAAUGGGGAUGACCCUAACUUAUUACAUAGUGAUCUCUCUGAUAGUACAGCUAAGCUGACAUCAGCAAUCACAUCUCUUCCUGAAUUAAUGGAAAAGAGAAGUAUUGACAUGCAUACAAAUAUAGCUACUGCUCUCCUUGAUGAAAUUAAAAAGAAAACUGGACCUGUUUUUUUUGAAUGGAAGACAAAAAUGAUUUCCAAGUCAUCUCUGGAUAAGUCAGUAUUAGAUAUACUUACAGACGAAUCAGCUGGUGAACCUGCUGACAAGUUAAGAUUAUUCUUAAUUUUCUAUCUCUUGUCACAAGAUAUUUCUGAAAGUGAUUUAGCGCAACAUAUAACAGCUCUUGAGGCUGUUUUACAUGAUAUCUCAUCAGUAGAUUACAUUAAGAAAUGGAAGGCUUAUACCAAAAUGGCUGCUAAUCCUCGAGCCUCCAAGUCAACAGGUACAGGAGCAUCUUCUAGUUCAAUGAGGUAUUUUACUAUGAUUCAGCAAAUUUAUACUUCUGGUAGUAAAAUGGUGGAAGGAGUCCGUAAUCUUGUGAUAAGAACAAAAAAUUUACCUGUUACUCGUAUAGUAGAUCAAUUAAUGGAAAUGAAAGGAAAGGAAAUUGAAGAAUAUCGUUAUUUUGAUCCAAAGUUAUUGCGAUCUGGAGACAGUGUACCAAAGGGGCGUGGUCCAUUUCAAGAGGCUUAUGUUUUUGUAGUGGGCGGAGGGAAUUAUAUUGAAUACCAAAAUCUUCAAGACUAUUGUCAACAACAACAAAUACCCAAACGUGUGACAUAUGGAACAACAGAAUUAAUGGAUGCAAAUGAAUUCUUAGCACAGGUCCAUUUACGAUCUGCUCAAAAAUUACGAGAGAUGUGUCGUAAAAAUGGUGGCUACUUUAUCAAGAUAGGUCAACACAUUGGAGCAUUACAGUACCUCCUACCCUCGGAAUAUGUAGAGACUUUUAAAGUGUUCCACAGCGAUGCUCCUCAAACCCUCGAUAACCAAACUUAA